AUGACAUCACGUUCACCAAUACCAUUAUCAAGUCUAAUGAAUUCAACAACACCUCCACCACAACCACAGCAACCACAACCACGCCCACACCCACAACAACAACAACUCCCACACUUUCAAGCAAUAUCCCGCUCACCUCAUUUCAUGACUCACCUGGCUUCAGUACCACCAUUUAAUUCACCACCACCACCAGCAAUAGCCCUCCACCAACAACAACAACAGCAACUCUCCCCAAAUAUCUCCAUGUCUCCUCCAUCAUCACACAAACAACAUCUCCACCCCCAACACCACACAUCCAAGAAACAAUUAUUAUCAACCUCUUCACCAGAAGGUAUCCAAGUCGCCUCCAAAAUAACCCCAACAAGAUUAGCCAAUCUCUUAAUCCGUAAAGGUCCAUUACCUAUCCGUCAUAUAACCGCCCAAUUAUCAAUUGAGGUUCCUCAAUUUGAAUCCCUUUCAUUAUCAAAACAACGGAGAUUGAUUAUGGCCGCUAUGGAACAGACUGAUUUGGUUAAUAAUGUUGUUUUUGAAAAGAUUGGAUGGGGACAAUGGGCGGUUAGAAAAGUUGAUUCGGAUUAUAUUGUUACCGAAGGUACUGAGGGGAAUUUGGCUACUAGUCCAGAAGAGAAUGGAAACAAUGAAAAGAAGUUGAUUAAUGUGAAUGAUUUGAGAAAUCAAACCAAUUUGAAAUUGGGUUGGUCAAAGAAGAAGAAACAACAAGCUGGUGCAGUUGGUAAUGGAGAGUCGGUUAGAAGAGAAAGUAUAACUAAUCAUAGUAAGAAUUUACAUAAUGUUAAAUUACCUAAUGAAUCUUCAAUAGAAUCAAAUGCAAUGAUAUCGGAUGAUUCUGAAUCUGAAGAUGAAUAUGCAAUUUCUGAUCAUAUGGAAUCAUCAAGCGAAGAGGAAGAAGAAGAAGAACACGACUCAGUAUUCACAUUUGAAGAAGAAACCACAUCAUCAUCAAUAAACCGUUUCAAGAAAUCUCCACCCCCUAUUAAAUUCGCCAAACGAGUCCCACUCAAAUUCAGUCCACCUCCAAUUGGAGGAACAUCCGCUGCUACUGACUCCACCCGGUCUAGAAGAAAAUCAUCCACCUCAUCCUCAGUAGGAGCCUCCUCAUCAAUCCAAAAACCAUCAUCCUCGGCAUCCUACAGACAUCACCACCACCAUCAUCAACUCCUAAACCGUUCCCGCUUAAAUUCAAUAGAAAAUCUCGACAAUUACAUCAUCUCCUCUGCCAAAAACUCCACCGGAUCGAUCAACUCCCCACCACCACCACCACCUCCUGCCAUCUCCUUCUCAUCUUCCCCCAUCAAUAACCCCAACACCUGGAAUAAUGGGAAUUAUAUCCAUCAUCAUCAUUCAAUGGACACAAUCCCCAGCGAGAACACUAAUAACGAUAACACAAAUAAAUCAAGAAGAAAGUCCUCAUUUAAUGAAUCUCACGUCAGAUCGACUUUGUCAAGUUCAUUACCCCAACAUCAACGACAUCAAGUGGUUACCCAUAGUAAUCUAUCCGUGCAUGAGAGUGUAGUGGCUAGUGAUACUGAUGAGGAAGAUUGGCGGGCAAUGGGACCUGAGAGUUUGAGAAAGAAUAAUGGGGGGAUUAAGAAGAAGAUGAAUGCUGCUUUGAAUGGGCAUGGUGGGGCCGUACCUAGGACCCCAGAGAAGAAUGUGGUGAGUGGGGAUAUUAAUGAGGAAGAUAAAUCGGCGGCAUUUGCUUUGGUACAUUUAAUGUCGAUUUAA